CACCUCACACCAUGCUUUCUCCUCUCCUUCUCUCCUCUCUUUCCCUUGCUUUUCUGUCAGAUUCUUCAGGUUCAGACAUGUGUCCAUUGGGUCAGUUUCCGUGUGGGAAUCUGUCAGUGUGUUUGCCUCAACCACAGCACUGCAAUGGGCAGCAGGACUGUCCUAAUGGAGCAGACGAAGAGAACUGCGUGGAUAACAGUGGCUGGCCUCAUCUGUUUGAUGCCUUCAUGAAAACAAGGGUCCAGGAGUCAAAAGAAUGCAUGUUAGAUGUCUAUCCAGAUGAGUGUCAUUGUGAGGGCCAGAAAGUGAACUGUAAUGGCAAAAAUCUCCUCCAUGUCCCUGUUGUGUCCUCUAAUGUUACAGCACUAGAGCUAAACACUAACAGGAUCGAAUCUCUCUCUUGUGAUCUGUUCAUCCGCUACAAAUACCUGGAGAGACUACAUUUGGAAAGUAAUAGUAUAGAAACCAUCUCCAAGAGGGCAUUUUCAGGACUUUUCUCUUUGCGUAAACUUUUUUUAAGUCAGAAUAGGAUUUCGUCUCUCAAAGCAGGAAUAUUUAGUGACCUCAGUAGUCUGGAGUGGCUGAUUCUGGAUGAGAAUAGAAUAUCAUCUCUGCGCCAGAAGACAUUUGAAGGCCUGAAAUCCUUAUUUUUUCUAUCUUUGUUGAAUAACUCUGUUGAACAGUUUCCUAAAACCUCUAUCUGCAUUGAGAUGCCACGCCUCAACUGGCUGGAAAUGGAGGGGAAUAGAAUUUCAUCUCUCUGGGCAUCAAGUUUUAAAAACUGCUCCUCUCUUACCGUCUUAGCAUUAAGGAGAAACCACAUUGAGACCAUUGAGGAUGGGACAUUUGCAGACAUGCAUAGAUUGAUAGACCUAGACGUGUCUGUGAACCAGAUUAAAGACCUGCCUCCAUCUCUGUUCCAGAGCCUACAGAACCUUAAACAGCUAAAUAUCUCCAACAAUCUUCUGGCACGCAUUUACAGCAAUCAGUUUGACAGUUUGGUGAAUCUACAGUCACUGAGUAUGGAACAGGUGGAGAUUCCCAACAUCAGCAUCAGAAUGUUCCGGCCCCUGACUAACCUCACUCACAUUUAUUUUAAGCGAUUUGAAUUCUGUGGAUACUCUCCCAACGUGCGGAGCUGCAAGCCAAACACAGAUGGAAUCUCGUCCUUUGAGAAUCUGCUUGCAAACAUCAUUCUGCGCGUGUUUGUCUGGGUCGUUGCCUUCAUCAUUUGCUUCGGAAACAUCUUUGUCAUCUGUCUACGGUCCUGUAUCGCUUCAGAGAAUCAACAUCACACAAUGGCCAUCAAAUCUCUAUGCUGUGCAGACUGUCUGAUGGGAGUGUACCUCCUUUUUAUCGGUGCCUUUGACAUCAAGUACUGUGGCGAGUACAACCGUCAUGCUCAAAUAUGGAUGGAGAGCCUGUCCUGCCAGCUGAUUGGCUCUCUGGCCAUGCUGUCCACGGAGGUAUCUGUCAUGAUGUUGACCUACAUGACUCUAGAGAAAUACAUGUGUAUCGUCUUCCCGUUCCAGCAUUACCGGGCCGGACGCAAACAGACACUCUGCUCCCUGACCUUCAUCUGGCUGCUGGGAUUCAUCAUUGCUAUUAUUCCCUUCUGGGAUAAACAGACAUUUGGGAAUUUUUAUGGCCGGAACGGAGUGUGUUUCCCUCUUCACUCUGACCAGACAGAGAAACCUGGUGCCAGAUGCUAUUCUACAGCAAUCUUUCUUGGUUUAAAUCUGCUGGCCUUCGUGAUCAUUGUAUUCUCCUAUUCCAGUAUGUUUUAUUCUGUCCAGAAGACAGCAAAGACAGCACGUCAAACCGUAUAUGAUCGAGAAGUCUCUAUUGCAAAGCGAUUUUUCUUCAUUGUGUUCACUGAUGCCAUGUGCUGGAUCCCCAUCUUCCUCUUAAAGAUCCUCUCACUGCUAAGAGUACAAAUCGCAGGUACCAUUAUUCUGUGGGUGGUGAUAUUUAUCCUCCCUAUAAACAGCGCCCUGAACCCCAUCUUGUACACCAUCACAACUAGCGCCUUUCAACAGAGACUCAAACAGUGUCUGAAAUAUCGCUGCCAAGAAACUAACUGAUACACACACACUUUAUGUAUCUUCAGACAUGCACACAAAGUAAGAUUCCAUGUGGACUAAAAAGUUAAUAGAUGAUGGAAUAAUGA